AUGUCUGGGGAGUGGGGCCAUCUGAAGGCUGCUGGGGACGAGAACCCUCGCUCUCGCAAUCGCGGUAUGACCAUUUCGGAUGCGAAUAUCCAUGACGGCCAUGACGGCCAUGACGAUGACUUUACCUGCGGCAACUGUGGUGAGCCUGGCCACAUGAAUCAUCAAUGCCCAAAUGUCGCAGCCCCUCUGAGAUCCCACGACACCAAUGUUCAGGAAGGCUAUCAUCAUCACUCCGAGGACAAUGGUGGAGGUGGUGAACGCUUUGGUGGUGAUGAUCGGACUUGCUACAACUGCGGUCAGCCUGGUCAUAACAAAGCAGAUUGCACCGAGCCUCGCAAGAUGGGUGCCUGCUUCAACUGUGGCGAAGAAGGCCAUUCCAAGGCCGAGUGCCCCAAGCCCCGCGUUUUCAAGGGCACUUGCCGCCUUUGUGAAAAGGAAGGCCAUCCAGCUAUUGACUGCCCAGAGAGACCCCCAGAUGUUUGCAAGAACUGCCUCGCCCAGGGCCAUAAAACCAUCGAAUGCACCGGCAAUCGCAAAUUCGACCUCAAUUUUGUCGCCGAUAAGCUCCCCCAUGAAGCCUGGGCAGCAAUGAAGAAAGCCAGUGAUGAAAGAGAUCUCGAUGAUUUCCGUGAGGUAUACAUGAUCUAUACAUACGUUGCAAGUUUUGAGCUUUGGCUGACCUCAUUACAGACCCUCAAAAUCUACUCCAAGGCCGUUCCCCACGCCACCUGGGCCGACAUUGAGAACAAGAUGCGAGACGAUGGGUUCAACAUCUACAUUAUUGCUAUGGAGGCUGAAGUCGAUGAUGUUAUGAGCUUGAUUGAUCUUCAAGGAGUACUCGACCGACAAUUUUCCAUUGGUUUCUUCUUCAGCCCUAAAGCAUCGCGUGCCCACCUCCGAGAGCGUUGGCCUUCCAGCCCUGAGGAGAACCUUGAGCGCAUGAACAACGCCGGUAUUCCCUAUGAACGAAGAAUUCCCAAGUGCACAAAUUGCGGACAAUUGGGACAUAUCGCACGCAGCUGCAAGGAGGAGCGCCAGGACAACAAUGAUCGCGUGGAGAUCAAGUGCUCAAACUGCGACCAGGUUGGACACCGAGUGCGCGAUUGUACGCAGAGGCGCAGGUACAAGAAAGGAUGCCGCAAUUGCGGUUCCGAAGACCAUAUUGCUGCUGAAUGCCCUGAGCCCCGAUCUGCGGCUGGUGUUGAAUGCCGGAGGUGCAACGAAACUGGCCAUUUUGCUAAGGAUUGUCCCAAUGCCCCCAAUCGUCCACCUCGUGCCUGUCGCAACUGUGGAUCCGAAGAUCAUCUUGCACGGAACUGUGAUAAACCUCGUGAUGUUUCCACUGUCACCUGUCGUAACUGCGACCAGACCGGACACUACUCUCGCGACUGUGACCAGCCGAAGAAUUGGUCAAAGGUUCAGUGCAACAACUGUGGAGAAAUGGGUCACACUGUCCGUCGCUGCCCUCAGCCACCCAAGCAGGAGGAGCGUGAAGACGACGCCCAUCACUCCCCCGGCUCUCCCAAGCGUGACGAAUCCGAGCUGCUGGACCCGAAGACCAAAGAGGAACCAUUUGAAUACAAGCGCCAGGACGAUAACGACUUGUGGUAA